CAUGAUGGCUAGAAGUGGGAUAAGAAGUUCAGCUCUGGCCAGGGCAGAAGUCCAGCUUGCUGGUCAGAGAGUGCCCAGAAAACCUAAAGAUUCUUCAGAUGAACUGCAGGAAUACAUGCGUGCACUGAGCAACAAAUCAAGUGCGUUAAAACUAUCCCAACCAUCCAUUGCUAACCUAAACGAUUUGUCAGCUUCAGAACAUGAGAGUGAAAAACAUAAAGGUACUGUUAGCCCCUGGCAAUCAACAGGAACCCAAAGUCGUUUUUUAAAGAAAAAAUCCCCAGCUAGUAAAGAUAGACAGAGCAAUGUCAAACCAGCAAGUGUGGUAUCAAAGCCUCAACCUGUGCAGUCGAAGAUGCCAACCAGCGCAGCACUGAAGAGACUGGCAGAAUUUGAGAAGCGGCAUCGAAUGAGAAAAUUGGAACUAGACAUCUCUGAGAAUGAUUCUGACCUGAGGACUUCAGAGGAAAGACCAUUCUCCAACAGAUCAAGUAGUGAAUUCAGCUCCCGCGGGAAUAGGUUCUUGAAGAAAAAAGUUAAUAUAAAGGAACCAGAGCCCAUGGAACAGAUCAGAGGACCCUCCAUCAGGGGCAGUUCAGCCGAGAAUAAGAGAAGAGUUGCAGAGAGUGACGAGGAGCUCCAGCUGAUUGGCAGUUCGGUGGAGUUUUCAGAAAAUGAUAGUUGGUGGAAAAGGCCGAAACCACCUAGAACUCCCUCAUCACCCAGCAGAUUAACCCCACGCAGAAACAUACAUCGUAGUUCUUCAGCUCUUGGUUUCUUCUCUCCACGCCGUCCUCCUUCUCGCUUUUCUUCCAGAACUCCCUCUCCUCCUAGUCAUGGAACUCCAAGAUACCCAAGAAGAACACACUCUUUAACUCGUUUUGGAUCGCGGUCUCCUUCACCAUCUGUGAGAAGUUCAAUGACCAGCAACACUCCAAGAGCACGGCUGGGGAGACGUAGUAGAACUCCUCUCUCUCAGAGAAGCGACUUUAAAUCCCUUGAUGAGCUUUUUUCUAAAGCAGAUGAUCUGAGCAGCGCAAGUUCCAAUGAUUUUAAACUGAACAUCAUGAGUUUGGAUGAACUGGCACCUGCUGCAGGCACAGAUGAACUUGAAGAAAAGGUAAAAUAG